AUGGCCUACAACCUACCUCCGCCAGAAAAACUUGAUCUUGAAGGGGACAAUUCGUCAGUCGCUGUAAGAUGGGAAAGCUGGAAAAGAUCUCUGAUAAUUUAUUUUGAAGCUGCCGAUAUCACGAAUGCAUCUAAAAAGAGGGCAAUGUUAUUGGUACUGGGUGGUACCGCGCUACAAGAUAUUUUCUACAAUCUGCCUGGCGCGAGUGGAGAACCUGGAGAUGAUACUGAUGUGUUCGAGUUGGCUAUUAGGAAAUUAGACGGAUAUUUUCUUCCAAAACAAAAUAAGACUUACGAAAGGCACAUUUUCAGCCAAAUUAAACAAGAGGAAGGUCAAAGUUUUGAAAAAUUUGUGAUUAAACACAGGGAGCAAGCUAAUAAAUGCAAAUUUCACGAUCCUGAAGAAUAUAUAAUCGAUCAAAUCAUAAGAAAAUGCUCAUCAUCCGAACUGAGAAAAAAAAUUCUUACUAUGGGAGAUGAAGUAACACUGGAUAAAGCGAUAACUAUUGCAAACACUUUGGAGAUAGUCAAUCAUCAACUAGAGAGUUAUGAAAAGAAUGGUAAAGUACAAUCCAGCGAAAUCAAUGCGAUUAAAAUGAGGAAUACGAAUAUAUAUAAAUAUGCAGGGAAUGAAUUGAAACAAAACUCAAGUGAGGAACGGAUGACUAAGUGUAGCAGAUGUGGAACUUUCGCACACGUCAACAAAGGUUUACCGUGUCCGGCGAAGCAAAGAAAGUGUAACGGAUGUGGUAAACUGGGCCAUUAUCAAAAAUGUUGCAGAACUAAACCCUAUGGUCGAAAGAGAAAAAUUGGAAAACAAGAAGACCAGAAAAAUGAUUACAAAAAGCAUCGAAAAGACGAAGAAGAAGUGCAAUAUAUAUUCAAUUUAAAUGAUGAUGCUACUAUUAAAUGCGAAAUGGGAGGCGUGUGUUUAAAAAUGCUAAUAGACUCGGGCUGCAAAUCGAAUUUGAUCUCGGACGAAACAUGGGAGUAUUUGAAAGAAAACAAUGUUAACUGCUCCAACCAGAUUAAAGAACCAAAGAAAAUAUUCUUGGCCUACGGCAGCACGACGCCAUUAAAGGUGAAGGAAUCCUUUGAAACAUCGAUUAAAGUGAACGGAAAGAUCACCCACAGUACUGUUUAUGUUAUAAGCGAUGGAUCCAGAAAUCUUCUGGGUAAGGAUACUGCGUUACAAUUAGGGGUUUUGAAACUGGGCGACAUGGAAGUCGAUUCAGUUAAGGAGCUAAAAACCCCGUUUCCGAAGUUUAAAAAUAUUCUCGUUGAUAUACCAACAGAUCCGUCAGUGAAACCAGUCAUGCAACCUUAUCGAAGAAUACCUAUUCCACUAGAAGAAAAGAUCCAUGAGAAAAUUGAGGAGUUGUUAGAAAUGGAUAUAAUAGAAGAAGUAAAUGGACCAUCGAAAUGGGUUUCGCCUAUUGUGCCUAUUCUUAAAGACAAUGGUGAUGUACGAGUGUGUGUUGAUAUGAGGCGUGCAAAUGAAGCAAUUUUACGAGAAAACCACCCGUUACCAUGUAUGGGCCAUUUACUCCCAAAGAUCAAAAGAGCACACUUCUUUUCUAAACUCCACAUCAGUAACGCUUUUCACCAAGUGGAACUAGAUCCGAACUCCAGACAUUUGACAACAUUUAUUACAUCCAAGGGACUUUACAGAUAUAAAAGGCUUAUGUUUGGAAUCACCUCCGCUCCAGAACUUUUCCAGAAAAUCAUAGAGAAAAUGUUGAUAAAAUGCGAAGGAGCUCUCAAUUUUAUCGAUGAUAUAUUGGUAUGGGGCGAUAGCGAAGAAGAGCAUGAUGCACAUUUGUCUAACGUUCUGAAAGUAUUGAAUGACAAUAAUGUAUUAUUGAACAAAGGAAAAUGCAUAUUUAAGGUGCAGAAAAUCAGCUUUUUGGGGCAUGAAUUAACACCAGAGGGAGUCAGGCCAUUAUCUAAAUAUAUUAAGAGCAUUGAAGAGUUCAGGCAACCUAAUUCUAUUGGAGAAUUACAAAGUUUCCUUGGAUUGAUAAAUUAUAUAAAUAAAUGGAUACCCAACAUGGCCACCAUCACGGAGCCGCUUAAAGAGAUCCUAAGGAAAAAAUUAGGAAAAAACGCUAGUAUCAAAGACCACUGGAAACAAAGACAGCAUGAGUCAUUUCUGCAGUUGAAAAACGCACUAUCAAAGAUUGAGACCUUAGGAUAUUAUGACGUGAACGAUAAAACCCAAGUGAUAGCGGACGCCAGCCCUGUAGGAUUAGGAGCGGUCUUGGUACAAACAGACAACAAAGGACCAAGAAUCAUAGCGUACGGAAAUGGGACUCUGAAUGACUGCGAAAGAAAAUAUAGCCAAACUGAGAAAGAGGCCCUCGCUCUAGUUUGGGCAAUCGAACAUUUUAAUACCUUUUUAUUCGGAAAAGAGUUCGAAUUGAUAACAGACCAUAAGCCUCUGGAAUUUAUAUUUAGUCCCAGGUCAAAACCAUGUGCACGUAUCGAAAGAUGGGUUUUAAGGCUUCAAUCAUACCGUUACAAAAUAAAGUACAAACCAGGAAAGACGAACAUAGCAGAUUCCUUGUCACGUUUAUGUGAUUAUUCCGAUCAACCAGAUAAAACAUCAACUAAGGACCAUGUGUAUCAAAUAGUUGAGCACGCAAGACCUCACGCAACCUCGAUGCAACAGAUAGUAAAAGAAUCAGAGGCAGAUACUGAAAUCAUGAAGGUGAAAGAAGGCCUUCACAGAGACCACUGGGAUGAAUCCAUCAAAAAUUAUAAAAUAUUUUCCAAUGAAUUAUGUUUUCAUGAGAAUAUCUUACUGAGAGGUAAUAAGAUUGUCAUUCCACGAAAUCUGAGGAAGCAAGUACUAGAUGCGGCUCACGAAGGCCACCCAGGAAUCGUGGGGAUGAAAGGAAAACUGCGGUCUAAAGUCUGGUGGCCCAGAAUAGAUAAAGAUGUUGAAACUAUAGUAAAGGCUUGCAAGGGAUGUACCUUGGUUGGCCUACCCAAUCAUCCUGCUCCAAUGAAGCGUCGUGAGCUUCCGUCUGAGCCAUGGGUGGAUGUCGCUAUGGAUCUUCUGGGGCCACUACCGAACGGGAUUUACCUUCUAGUAAUAGUCGAUUAUUACAGUCGAUACAAAGAAGUAAAGAUUAUGAAAACUAUAACAAGCGCACAAAUAAUCAUUAUUUUGAAAGAAUUGUUCAGUCGCCUUGGCUAUCCGCAAUCAAUGACUGCUGAUAAUGGCCGGCAGUUUGUGAGUGAAGAGAUUAAAUCAUUUUGUCAGGAAUGCAAUAUUAAGCUCUUCAAUACUGUACCGUACUGGCCACAGAUGAACGGAGGAGUCGAACGCCAGAAUAGGGACAUUGUUAAGCGCCUCAAGAUAAGUUCAAUAGAGAAGAAAAAUAUCAAAGACACACUAUAUCAAUAUCUAAUGAUGUAUAAUUCUACUCCUCACUCUGUAACGGAAAAGUCACCGUCAGAACUCUUUUUCAAACGAAAGAAUAGGGAUAAAAUCCCCAUGUUAGGAGAUAUACAUGAUCCGGAGGAUGAUGACGUGAAAGAAAUGAACAGAUCGAACAAACUCGAUCCGACAUUCACUCCCACACCACAUACGGUGCAGAAAACGUCAAGUGGAGACAUAACUAUCAGGAAUGAUGAAACCGGUCAGGAAUUAAGAAGAAACGUAGUACACCUUAAGAGAGUGGAGGGUCAAUGGAAAACAGUAAAUGCGGAGGCCACAACGGAUGAAGACAAAAACUGUGAUCCUCAAUGA